AUGACCGCGCUGGCUGCCCUUUCCCCGCCGACCUGGUCCUGCCGGUCUCGGGCAGCCCGCGCCUUUGGCCGUCGGUCCAAUGGAGAGGACGCGACCGCAGGCGGCAAGCAGCAGGAGCCGCAGGCGUACUACUAUCCCAGCCUCCUCGGCCAGUCGGGCGACCGAGCAGUCUUCCAGCGGCUCAUGACCGAGCUGAACUUCCAGGACUGCUGGCUCAACACAGGCAUGAAGUUUGACCGCACCAUCUGCCUCGGCUCCGACGAGCUGCUCGCGAGGGCCCCCACCUACCGCGAGAUCGUCACCCGGCUGGCGUCUCACUUCAGGGUGCGGCCCAUCCGCUCCCUGACGAACCUGUACCGCAACGGAGAGGACUGGUGCAACCUCCACUCGGACCAGUACAAGCAGGGUGGCUACCCCAUAGACCUCACCAUCGGCUGCUCCUUCGGCGAG